AUGACAAAUGCAAAGCAUAGCAAGGGAGGAAUUAAUGUUGCUGAGAAAGAUUCUUCCAUUGAGCUUUGGCAUAAGAGACACGGUCAUUUGAGCGAGAAGGGCUGCAAAUAUUGUCCAAGAAACAACUCUUGCCCGGAGCCAAAGCUACCUAAAUCAUUUUGGGGAGAAGCAAUGCGGACAGCGGUUGAUCUAAUCAAUCUCUCACCAUCGGUCCCAUUGGAGGGUGAUGUACCUCAACGAGUAUGGACAGGAAAGGAAGUCUCAUAUGAACACUUGCGAGUGUUCGGUUGCAAAGCCUAUGUUCAUGUUCCAAAAGAUGAGAGAGCAAAGCUUGAUGACAAAGCAAAGCCAUGUAUAUUCAUGGGCUAUGGGCGUGAAGAGUUUGGGUACAGAUUAUGGGAUCCAAUUGCAAGGAAAAUUGUUCGUAGUCGGGAUGUGAUUUUUCUUGAAGAUGAGACAAGUGAAGACGUCGAAAGGGUUGAAAAGAAGAAAAAUACAGCAGCUGGUCCGGUUAAUUUGGAGCCUAUAUCCCCAUCCCAAAUGCAUGAAAAUGUUGAGGAAGUAGUGCAUGAUGAGCCCCAAGGUGCACUAGAUCAAGAAGUGCAAGGAGAAGAGCAAUUGGAGCAAGAAGAACAAGUUGAAGAAGAGCAACCUCUACCCGAACCAAGAAAGUCAACAAGAGAUCGCAAAGCUUCCACUUGGUCGAAACACAUAGAUGUUCGAUAUCAUUGGAUUCGUGAUGUUUUGGAAGAGAAGUUGUUGGAGCUCAACAAAGUGCAUACAGAUGACAAUGGUUCGGACAUGAUGACUAAGUCUCUACCAAGUGGAAAACAUAACUUCUGUCGAGAUGAAGCAGGUUUGGUGCUACCCCCCAUAUGA